GCGGACCUGAGCUCCGGCCGGGAGGCGGCUGGAGGCGGCUGGAGGCGGCUGAGGCGGCGACCGGAGAGCAGCGUCAGGGCCUCCGCCUCUCGCCAGGGACCAGACCGGUGGCCGAGGCAGCUGCUGGACAGCGGCUGCCAGGAGUCCGAGCGCCCGGUAGAGCGCAGAGCGGAACUGGCCGUCGCCGACGGGACGGCGCUCAGAGGUAGUUGGUUCUCUCCCGGGCGCCGUAGGCAUCAGGAGACCGGGUUCCGGCGGAGUCACGUGACUUCGGGGUCGCGCGGCCGGGACAUGGCAGCCCCCAAGCCGUUGUCCCGCUUCUGGGAGUGGGGAAAGAACAUCGUGUGCGUGGGCAGGAACUACGCGGAGCACGCCAGGGAGAUGCAGAGCGCCGUGCCGAGCGAGCCGGUGCUCUUCCUGAAGCCGUCCACCGCCUACGCCCCCGAGGGCUCGGCCAUCCUCAUGCCGGCCUACAGCCGCAACCUGCACCACGAGCUCGAGCUGGGCGUGGUAAUGGGCAGGCGCGGCCGCGCGGUGCCCGAGGCCGCCGCCAUGGACUACGUGGCCGGCUAUGCCCUGUGCCUGGACAUGACCGCCAGAGACGUGCAGGACGAGUGCAAGAAGAAGGGGCUGCCCUGGACCCUCGCCAAGAGCUUCACGGCCUCCUGCCCCGUCAGCGCGUUCGUGCCCAAAGAGAAGAUCCCCGACCCUCACAACCUGAAGCUCUGGCUCAAGGUCAACGGCGAACUAAGGCAGGAGGGUGACACGUCCUCCAUGAUCUUUUCCAUCCCCUACAUUAUCAGCUACGUUUCUAAGAUAAUGACCUUGGAAGAAGGAGAUAUUAUCUUGACCGGGACGCCAAAGGGAGUCGGACCCGUUAAAGAAAACGAUGAGAUCCAGGCCGGCAUACACGGGGUCGUCAGCAUGAGAUUUAAGGUCGAAAGGCCAGAGUACUGAGUCUGUGCAAAGCACCCGGACUUCUUAAGUUUCAGGAGAGAAGGGAGGCGGACAGAAGAAGCAAGCAAAAUUGUUAAAUGCAAUGAUGCUUUAAUAAGAAAUAAUUUUUAUUUUUUUUCCAACGUUUUUUUAUUUAUUUUUGGGACAGAGAGAGACAGAGCAUGAACGGGGGAGGGGCAGAGAGAGAGGGAGACACAGAAUCGGAAACAGGCUCCA